AUGCCAAAACAUUUAUGCUCAGAUGGUCUAGAGAACAUAUUGCGUCAAAUAAAGAUUCUCAUUUCUUAUUACUUCACAAUUGUAGCCAUGACUAGGAAGAAAGUGAAACUUGCCUAUAUCACAGAUGUGACGGCAAGGAAAUCUACGUACAAGAAACGGAAGAAGGGUAUCAUUAAGAAGGUGAGUGAACUCACCAUUCUUUGUGGUAUCCCAGCCUGCGCUAUAAUCGCAAGUCCUUUUGAUGCUAAACCGGAGAUUUGGCCAGAUCCAAAGGGAGCCAAGCAAGUGAUUCAGAGGUAUCUGGAUGCAUCUGUGAUAGAUGAAAGCAAGAAUGUCAACCAAGAGAGUUUCCUAAUGCAGAGGAUUGCCAAAGCCCAGGAGCAGCUGAAGAAGCUGCGUCAGGAGAACCAAGAGAAGGAGAAGACCUUGUCCAUGUUCCAGUACAUGCAAGGUGAAGACCUGCCAACUGAUGUUGAAGUACUGAAAGAACUCAACAAGCUGAUUGAGAAGAAUAUGAAGGAAAAUAAAAUCAAGAUGGAUGAGCUAAAUCGUGAGUCUAUUUAG